AGUUCAGAGCGAGGAGAGGGAGAAGGAGAGAGGGGCAGAGGAGAAGCGGGAGAGGGAAAGCGAGCCAGACGGGAAGAAGCGCCCCGGAGUCUCUCCAACCAGCAAGAGAUGAGCAACCCGUUAGGAAUUUUUCGGGCCGCUGUCACCCCGGAGAGCAGCCCGAGAAGCACCAUCACCCCAACUCUGACGUUUCCUACAAGAAGUUAGAGACUUCAGCGGCGCUGACAUCGGAGGGAAAUGGUAUGCUGGAUGCUGUGGAAAAUACCCCUGAGCUGGAGAAGUGCGCCUGGAUGCUGUGCGUGCUAAAUACCAGAAGAGCCCAGACCCCCUGGGUAAUAGAGAAGGAAUGUGGAGAGAAUAACGACCAAUCUGCGAAUUUGUUCUCUGGAGUUGCUAAUUUGCCAGCCCGAAGCAACACAUUUCACCGGGAGGAAACGCGGUGCUGCUCCUGAUUUUCUCCCCAAACGUGCUACCAGAUGCAUGGCUUUCUAUGUGUGGGAACAAAUCGUUCCUAACUGCAGCAUACCGGGAAAGGGGAAAGGUUGAGGCAACUAACUGGCUGUCUCCAAAUAAGCGAUGAGAUGUAAUGCAUCCUCCCGUCCAUGCACGCUUCCUCUUGCAAUUCGUGCAUCCUUCCUCAGUGGGAACCUUUAAACCCUAAAAUUCGGGAAAAGAAAAUAAAUACAUUAUCAUGGACCUGAGGGAUUUUUACCUGUUGGCUGCUCUGAUUGCCUGUUUAAGGCUGGAUUCCGCAAUAGCUCAAGAACUUAUUUACACGAUUAGAGAGGAAUUGCCUGAAAAUGUGCCCAUAGGAAACAUACCAAAGGAUCUGAACAUUUCUCACAUCAAUGCUGCCACAGGGACCAGUGCCAGCCUCGUCUACAGACUGGUUUCUAAAGCUGGGGAUGCCCCUUUGGUGAAAGUGUCCAGUAGCACUGGGGAGAUUUUCACAACCUCCAAUAGAAUAGACAGAGAGAAGCUCUGUGCUGGAGCCUCUUACGCUGAGGAGAAUGAGUGUUUCUUUGAACUUGAGGUGGUCAUCCUCCCCAAUGACUUUUUCAGGCUGAUCAAAAUAAAAAUAAUUGUUAAGGAUACCAAUGACAAUGCCCCCAUGUUUCCAUCUCCUGUCAUCAAUAUUUCAAUUCCAGAAAACACUUUGAUCAACAGCCGCUUUCCAAUCCCAUCAGCAACAGAUCCUGACACAGGCUUCAAUGGUGUUCAGCAUUAUGAGUUGUUAAAUGGGCAGAGUGUGUUUGGACUGGAUAUUGUGGAAACUCCGGAGGGAGAGAAGUGGCCGCAAUUGAUUGUUCAGCAAAACUUGGACCGAGAACAGAAAGAUACCUAUGUGAUGAAAAUCAAAGUAGAGGAUGGAGGCACUCCACAGAAAUCCAGCACGGCCAUCCUGCAGGUCACAGUAAGUGAUGUAAAUGACAACAGGCCAGUGUUUAAGGAGGGGCAAGUAGAGGUCCAUAUCCCGGAGAAUGCUCCUGUGGGCACCUCUGUCAUUCAGCUCCAUGCCACUGACGCAGACAUAGGCAGUAAUGCUGAAAUCCGGUACAUUUUUGGUGCCCAGGUCGCCCCUGCUACCAAAAGACUCUUUGCUUUAAAUAAUACUACUGGGCUGAUCACUGUCCAGAGGUCCCUAGAUCGAGAGGAGACGGCCAUUCACAAAGUGACAGUGCUGGCUAGUGAUGGCAGCUCCACUCCGGCUCGAGCCACUGUCACCAUCAAUGUGACUGAUGUGAAUGAUAACCCUCCUAACAUAGACCUCAGGUACAUCAUAAGUCCCAUCAAUGGCACGGUGUAUUUGUCCGAGAAAGAUCCCGUCAACACCAAGAUUGCCCUAAUUACAGUUUCUGAUAAGGACACAGAUGUGAAUGGCAAAGUGAUCUGUUUUAUUGAAAGAGAGGUCCCAUUUCACUUGAAGGCAGUGUACGACAACCAGUAUUUGUUAGAGACCUCCUCUUUGUUGGACUAUGAGGGCACCAAAGAAUUCAGCUUUAAAAUUGUUGCCUCUGAUUCUGGGAAGCCCAGUUUAAAUCAGACUGCCCUGGUAAGGGUUAAGCUUGAGGACGAAAAUGACAACCCACCCAUUUUCAACCAGCCUGUAAUUGAGCUGUCAGUUUCUGAAAACAACCGACGUGGGUUAUACUUAACAACUAUUAGUGCCACAGAUGAGGACAGUGGGAAAAACGCAGACAUUGUUUACCAGCUUGGACCGAAUGCCUCCUUCUUUGAUCUGGACCGAAAGACAGGAGUUUUGACAGCCUCCAGAGUCUUUGACAGAGAGGAACAAGAGCGGUUCAUUUUUACAGUAACUGCCAGGGACAAUGGGACCCCUCCCCUCCAAAGCCAAGCGGCGGUGAUUGUUACUGUUCUGGAUGAGAAUGACAACAGCCCCAAGUUUACUCAUAACCACUUUCAGUUUUUUGUGUCUGAGAAUCUGCCAAAGUAUAGUACUGUGGGGGUGAUCACAGUCACAGACGCAGAUGCUGGCGAGAAUAAAGCUGUGACUCUUUCCAUUCUGAAUGACAAUGAUAAUUUUGUGUUGGAUCCCUAUUCCGGAGUCAUCAAGUCGAAUGUCUCAUUCGACAGAGAGCAGCAGAGUUCCUACACUUUUGAUGUCAAAGCCACCGAUGGAGGACAGCCACCCCGGUCCUCUACGGCGAAGGUAACCAUCAAUGUCAUGGACGUCAAUGACAACAGCCCCGUUGUCAUCUCCCCACCGUCUAACACUUCUUUCAAGUUGGUGCCCCUCUCGGCCAUCCCUGGCUCGGUGGUAGCAGAAGUGUUUGCGGUGGAUAUCGACACCGGGAUGAACGCUGAACUGAAGUACACAAUUGUGAGUGGCAACAGCAAAGGCUUGUUUCGGAUUGACCCAGUCACCGGCAACAUCACCCUGGAAGAGAAACCGGCGCCCACCGACGUGGGCUUGCACCGUCUGGUGGUCAACAUAAGCGACCUGGGCUACCCCAAGUCCUUGCACACACUUGUGCUUGUUUUUCUGUAUGUGAACGACACGGCUGGGAAUGCCUCCUAUAUCUACGACUUGAUUCGCAGGACUAUGGAGACCCCCCUGGACAGGAACAUAGGGGACAGCAGCCAGCCCUACCAAAACGAGGACUAUCUCACCAUCAUGAUCGCCAUCGUGGCCGGUGCCAUGGUGGUCAUCGUCGUGAUCUUCGUCACCGUGCUGGUGCGCUGUCGCCACGCAUCCCGGUUCAAGGCAGCUCAGAGGAGCAAGCAAGGGGCUGAAUGGAUGUCCCCCAACCAGGAGAACAAGCAAAACAAGAAAAAGAAGAGAAAGAAAAGGAAGUCUCCCAAGAGCUCGCUGUUGAACUUUGUGACCAUCGAAGAGUCCAAACCCGAUGACGCGGUGCACGAACCCAUCAAUGGGACCAUCAGCCUGCCGGCUGAGCUGGAGGAGCAGAGCAUAGGAAGAUUUGACUGGGGCCCCGCACCCCCGACCACCUUCAAGCCUAACAGCCCUGACCUGGCCAAGCACUACAAAUCCGCUUCUCCACAGCCUGCUUUCCAUCUGAAACCAGACACUCCAGUGUCCGUGAAAAAGCAUCACGUGAUUCAGGAACUCCCUUUGGACAACACCUUUGUCGGGGGUUGUGACACCCUGUCCAAACGCUCCUCCACUAGUUCAGAUCACUUCAGUGCCUCAGAGUGCAGUUCCCAAGGAGGCUUCAAGACAAAGGGCCCCUUACACACCAGACAGGGACACCACCCGUCUGGGGAUUUUCACCUUAUACAUCACUCCUAUUACAAAACAACAUAUAAAAGAGUGAAUCUGUUUCACAGUCGUAGUUAACACAGCUGGAGCCAUUUGAAACCUGCUGGCUUUUGCUUCCAAUUAUUCCAUAGACUAGAAAGCAUCUCAGUUGAAGGAAUGGCAUCCAUGGUGUAAUCAAACUAGUUAAAAUGUCUCUGGGUAUUUGGAUCAUAUUUCUGGGACUCAUCAAAUUUUUGCCAGAAGCAUAAUACCCAAUUUUUUUUAACUUUUUUCAUAUUUUAAAAUAUGUUCAUUUAUAAGUUUUAAUGUUUGAAUAUGCAAGUUUAUAAUGUUUAGGUAUGUGGGUUGCAUAACAUAAAUUAGAUACAAAAUAUAAAAAUAAAACACAAUGUUAUAGUACCUUGAAAAAUUCUUUUUCUUUAAGUCCUGAGACUAAAAUCAUUGCCUUAUAGCUGAAAUCAUCAAGAUAAAGUUAAUGAUUUGGAUUAGGAGUAAACUAUAGUGAGGAUUUGUUAUUAACUUUAUCAACUAAAGAAAUAGAUGUAGUCACAUUUCAAUUGGUCUCUUUGUGACUGAGAUGGUAGAAAUUAAAUUUUAAAUUUCUUAUUAACCAUUGCUACACUCUCAGUGUGAACCAAUUGUUUUUGGUUGGCCUUUCGUUUAGUUCUAAUUUCAUAUAUACACAGUGUUUCAAUAAGAAGGACUUUAAAAUAAAACAAACAAUGACAAGAAAACUCUUUGUGCUUGGAAAGACUUAAACAGAUAAAACAUGGCGAAGUAACGUGAUUUCCUUUAGACUACUGCUUGUUUUAUGCUAAGUUAUGAUAUCUAUUUUACAGCAUUAGGAUGCUGAGCAGAGUGGAGACAUAAUAUGGGCGUGCCUUGGGUAUCAGACCUCAUGGAGUUGUAAGGAUUAUAGCAUGACAUAUAGUAUAUGUUCAAUAAAUUCUACUUAAGCCCACCACAGGGGCAAGCAUGGAGAUGGUCAGGCAAAAUGAGGUUGUUAAACAUAUUUUAAAUGGCAAGAAUUAGGUUUUAAGGAUUUGGAUUUAUUGUUUUAUUUGAAAUACUUUGCAUUCUAAUGGCAUCAAAUAUAUGUAUAUAUAUAAAAUACAUGUAGCUAAAUAUAAAUUAAGAUGGCCACCAUUUUAUGUUGUUCAUAUCAGCCAUAUCUUCUAUUAACUCUUAGACUGCAGAGGUAAUUAUGCAUCCCAGGAAGUUUAUGUAAAUUCAAGUUCACAUAAAGACCAAAUACUUAUUAUAUGAAGAGAAUUAUAUUUCUUGUACUGUACCUUUAAAAUCUUGAUUUUUCUCAUUUAGCAAUGUAAAAGACUUUUGCUGCCUGCUGAACUUUUAUCUUAUUUGGACUCUUAUCAUUCUUGGGCUCUAGCCUGACAUCUAGCUAGACAAUAUCCAUUCAGUCUUAUCACUAGACUACUGAACCAUAUUAUAUUAUCCUUAAUGGAUACUAAAACUUACUCCAGAAUUAUAUCCUAUAGUUUUAAAUGCAUAUUCUUUUAAAAAAUUCUCUGAAAUAUAACUAUGAAUUUUUUCUGCUGCCAAAGAACUGUGAUAUGAUCCACUGAUAUAUGCAAAUUAGUCUCUUUUCUUAUUAAUUCUCUUAUUCAAUAGACAUCUAUUGAGUAACUGCUAUGAUCUAGGAAUGGUGUUAGAAAAUGGAAAUUAAAAAAAAAUGAAUACGACAUCCUUGCUUUAAAAGAUCCCAGUGGAUGUUAAACACAAUAUUUUUUUCU